AUGAGCUUCAAAGGUUUCCAGAAGAGCGUGAUUCGAGCGCCUCAAACCUUCAAGGCGAAAUUUAACUUGGGCGAGAAUACCAAGGAUGCCGUCUAUAUCGAUGCGGAACGGCGGUUCCAGGAGUUGGAGAAGGAGACGAAGAAACUCCACGACGAGAGCAAAAAAUACUUUGACGCAAUUAACGGGAUGAUGACCCACCAAAUCGAGUUCUCCAAGGCUAUCGCGGAAAUUUACAAGCCCAUUUCAGGUCGUGUGUCGGAUCCGGACUCGAUAGUCCAGGAAGGGAACCCAGAAGGCAUCAGGGCUUGUGAGGAAUACGAGUCGAUUGUGCAGGAUCUCCUGGCCACCCUUCAACCCGAGCUAGAGAUGAUCGAAACACGAGUAAUUAAGCCUGCGGAUGAGUUAUUGGAGAUCAUCAAAGUCAUAAGAAAGACCGCAACGAAACGACAGCACAAGCAAUUAGACUAUGACCGGCACCGAGCGACUUUGAAAAAGCUGCAAGAUAAGAAGGACAAGAGUCUAAAGGAUGAAAAAGCGAUGUACAAAGCAGAAAACGACGUGGAACAAUCCACCCAGGAGUUCAACGCGUACAAUGACCUGUUGAAGGACGAGUUACCGAAGCUCUUCCAACUGGAGCGUGAGUUUAUCCGGCCAUUGUUCCAGUCUUUCUAUUACAUGCAACUCAACGUCUUCUACACGCUCCAUGAGAAGAUGCAAGGAUGCGAUAUUGGAUACUUCAACCUCCAGCUCGACGUCGAAGAAGGAUACGAGGCGAAACGAGGCGAUAUCAAAGAGCUAGCAGAGGCGCUCUCCAUCGUCAAGUUCAAGACAGCAGGGGCAAGACGCCCCCCUGGACGACUCGGUGCACCAGGAAGCAAGCUCGCCAUCGAAGCAGGUAAACCUUCUCCUAAAGCCCUGCCCGCCCCAAGCCGGUCGUCAUUUUCAGACUCUUCUGAAAAUCCACCCCCACCUUAUUCAACUUCGUUAUCACCUGGUGAUGCGACUGUCGCACGAGCUAACUCCACGAGCUCCUCGUGGGGGGCAGCAGCAAAAGCAAAGGGGGCAGCAGCAAAAGCAAAGGGGGCAGCAGCAAAAGCAAAGGGGGCAGCUCCACCUCCCCCGAAGCCCAAGCCUUUAAGGUUGAGCGGCGUGCCUGCAGCAGAAACCGCUACAGCACUUUAUGACUAUGAGGCUCAGGCCGAAGGCGAUCUAAGUUUUACGACUGGAGACGUGAUUGAGAUUAUGACGAGAACGAAUAAUGAAAACGAAUGGUGGACUGGGAAGCUCAAGGGGAAGGAAGGACAGUUCCCAGGUGCGCUUGCUCUCCUUAACGGUUACAAACGGGUAGACAAGCUAACUUGUGAACCAGGAAACUAUGUCAAAGUGAACUAA